GAAGAGAUUCCAAGACUGAAGGAUCAGUGAUUGAAAGUUAGGGUGUGCCCCUGACUACAGCAGCGCAGAACACAGGACAUGUCUGCUUCCGAGGUCCCACCUGAACUGCCAAAGUUCAUUGGUAAAUUCACCAAAGAAAUUGUGCAGUAUCAACCAGAUGACAUAAUCGACUUCUCAAUCAAGUACUUCACAGCAUUAGUGAAAGGAGAGUGUUUUUCAAUGGACCGUAAAGCCUUGGCACUCACCCCAGAAAUAUUAGCUUCUCUACAUGAGCAGUUAUCCGACAGAGGAAAAAUUAAUAGGUCUGACCUGGCAGUGUUCUGGAAACUUGUGAACAUUGAGGAGGACACCCUGAACCACAUCCUCUCUCUGGGACAGUUUGAAGAUCAGAUUGAGUGGGACAAGUUCCUGGCCUCGUGCUGCAGUUAUCUUGGACAGACUAUCAAAGAGGCGUUGACUACGGCCUGCUACACAAUGAACUCUGACCCUGAUUGUAAGCCCCCGGACGCAUGUGUGCCCUUCGGAACCUUCCAGAUGCUCUACAAGUUCCUAGCAAAGAAGAAUGGAAAUGUCCUGAAGGAACAGAUAGACGGCGUACUGACAUAUCUGAGGGGGAAAGCGUGA